AUGGAGAGUUUGGAAAAAGACGAGGAUCUACCUCACAGAAAGAAGGUAAGCUCGGUUGGAAGUCUGUCUAAGCUGUAUAAUGAGUAUAAAGAGUUCUUGAAUGGCAUGGUGCAUGAGAAGCCGGGUAUAGUUUUGGAGGAAAUGACGGAGCAACUGAAUACUCAGUUUAUGGAUCUUGAGAUUGAGAAAUCUGCUUUGCACGAGUUCCUCACUGACAAAUGCCACUUUUUUCUUAGAAGGCGGAAUAGUCCUGCGAAGAUUGAAUACAGAUACAAUUGGGUUAAACAAGGACAAGAGACCGAUAUGUGUUAUGCGAUGGACAAACACAAGGAGUUUAAGGGCCAUUAUUUGAUCAUAGACAACGCCUUGUCCACAAAAUCAAAAGACAUUCAAUUGUAUAUUGAAGGUAGAGGGUAUAGGUGUGCCUAUCUCCGACUUUACUCUCUGGAGCUUAAUCCUAUUGAAGAAUUUUGGCCUGUAGUGAAAAGCAAGCUUAAAAGAGUGGCUCUUUUGGAUGAAGAAGCGCUGUCAAAUAGGAUUUAUGAUGCUCUUAGAAAGGUGAUAAUCAUCGAUUUAUAA